AUGUUCCAUGAGAAAUCUCGUUGGACUGAAAUGCUACCAAUCGUGCUUCUUGGAAUACGAUCAUCAGUGAAGGAAGAUCUGCAAGCAACGACCGCCGAACUGACAUAUGGCACAACACUCAGGUUACCCGGUGAGUUCUUCACCUCCAGUGAUAGAAGACUACCUACGGCAGAUUGCAUCUUCAAUUUAAAAGCAACAAUGUCAAAGCUUAGACCCACACCAACUGCUAACCACGCCAAAUCAUCAUCGUUUGUCCAGAAACAGCUAUCAACAUGCAGCCAUGUUUUUGUCAAGGUAGGCGCAAUCAAACCAUCGCUCUCUCAGCCGUACGAUGGACCAUACCGAGUGAUCCGUCGAAAGAAAAAGGUUUUCGUAGUGAGCGUUAACGGCAAAUCUAUUGCCAUUUCGAUCGACCGACUAAAAGCAGCAUUUAUGCAAGCAGAGGAUCUUCGAACCAAAGAUGACGUCAUCAACCAGCCCGAAGCUACGUCUCCCUCUACCUACCAAACCCGCUCUGGACGCCGCGUGAAGAUACCUCGGCAGUAUUGGUAA